AUAUCAGAGGAACCCCAAUCUCAAGCAACACAAUUCACAAAUAAAAUCCCAGUACGAAUUCUAAAUUCUCCUCAUUUUGCAAUUGUUAGGGUUUCAUUCCUUUCUCAAUCCAACGAACACCUAUUCGAUUCAAAGCAAUCGCUAGGGUUCUGGUUUGCUUACAGAUAGUUAAAGAUGCCGCAAAGACACUCGAAGAACAACAACGACUUAGCCUUUUUCACGUACGAUGAGAAGAAGAAGCUCGGGUACGGAACCCAGAAGGAGAGGCUGGGUAAGGACUCCAUUAAGCCUUUCGAUGCUUGUUGUCUUUGCUUGAAGACACUUAUUGACCCAUUAUGCUGCCAGAAGGGCCACGUUUUCUGCAAAGAAUGCAUUCUCGAGUGCCUCUUGGCACAGAAGAAAGACAUUCAAAGGAAGCUUGCUGCUCAUGCUGCUCAGCAGAAGCAAGAAAAGGAGGAGGAACAAGAGCAGUUAAUGUUGCAGAAAGCCAAAGAGCUUGAAGCAUUUGAUCAACAAAACCAUGGGGCAGUACCACAGUACAAUGAUAGAAACCAGAAUCGUUAUAAAAAUGGUUUCCAUGGAGCAAAUAGUGUUAAGGUCACUUCCUACGAAGAGGAAGCUCUCAAGACAAUGAAAGCAUUUUGGUUACCCUCUGCAACGCCUGAAGCUCCUGCUAAGGUAGAUGCCCCUGAUACCAGCACAAUCUGUCCAGAAGGGAAUGAGAAGCUCAAGCUGAAGACCCUCUUCCCUAUCCACUUCAUAGAAGACACCAGUGAAAAGAAAAAAUCAAAGUCUCUUGAUAAUACCUAUAUCUGUCCUAGCUGCAAAACUACUAUGACAAAUGCUAUGUCACUGGUUGCACUAAGCUCUUGUGGGCAUAUCUUCUGCAAGAAAUGCGCUGAUAAAUUUGUGGCUGUUGAUAAGGUUUGUGUGCUCUGCAGUAAGGCUUGUAAAGAAAGAAAUUUGGUGAAUUUGGCAAAAGGCGGGACAGGAUUUGCUGGCCAUGGUGAUAGUCUUGAAGCAAAGGACUUCAAACAUUUGGGUAGCGGCUCAGGAUUAGGCCUGGUUAGACCUGCUGCAAAGACCUGAUAUCCCAUUUCUUUUUCGAAGACAGUAGAGUUUACAACUUUACAUCAGUUUCUGUAUCAUUUGGCAAUGAUUUGUUGCUUGAUUAUAGAUGUAUCUGUACCAUUUGGCCCGAAUUAUUGUCUAUUGCUUGGAUCUAUUCUCCACUGGUAUCCAUGAAGAAGAUGCCAUUAUGUGACCUUCCUACUCA